CAUUCUACCUGGAGAAACACAAAAACAAACGUCACCGCGUCAACUCACGGACGAGUGCAGGUGUCGCUACGGGUCCAAAUGCACUGGUUUCCCAGGACAAUACCAUCCUGGAUGCUGCGUUUCCAACUUUGGAUCGAAGGGAGAGCCAGGUGUAUACUUUCGAAACGCCGCGACAAACUGCGGACGUUGCAACGUUGAGGCCGAUGCCAACGACACAGAGGUCAUCACUACUGUCAAACAGCCGCGACGCACCAUCCCGAGCUCUAGGUCGUCAGUCAAACGCAGUAAAUAUUACCGAAUUCUUUCGUGGUCCGACGGAGCCAAUGCUGCAACCUGAUGUCGAGGACACCAGCCGGAAGCUGAAGGCCGAAGUACAGAAGGAAGUGCAUGAUGUGGUCAAGGUACGGCACAUCGUUCUUGCUGACCUAGCAAUCAGCUGAAGACGUGUGGAGGAUUCCCGUACGUCGUGUCUGUUCUUACCUACGCAACUGACCAAAAACCCUAAUGGACUGUGUAUUCAAGAAACCGCGUUUGCAUCCAGCUUCGUUUGCCGCUUCAGACAUUCCAUACAAUCCUCAAAGACGAAAUCAAAGGGCUGCAAACACAACUCAAGAAUAUCGAGGUAACGUGCCUAUUCCUUCAGCACAUGAUCCGCCCGUUUUCACGGUGCAUAGCUCGCGGAAGCGCCACAGGCAUGGAAUAUGAGACCGGUUGUAGAGUGACAUGUCAGCGGACGGCAAAGACAUGGUGCUGUCGGCUGCGCCGCAGGCGCGUUUUUUCUGACUGAUUUUCCCUUCGGCUUUUCUCCUCAGGCGCUUCCUCCAACGCGCACUCAGCAGGUACUCUCGGACGAGUGCUUGCAAACGUCGAGUACAGCAGGAAAACCAGUGAGCAGUCAAAACCAGAAGGGCCGCCUCAUUAUGCAGUUCUAUUGUGAGAGUGAACGGUGUCAUUUCAAGAUGAAAAAAUGACAAUGCACCAGAUCUUUGUGCCGUCACAGAAGUCAAUAGUGAAUUUGCAUUAUCAGAGUAGCAGGAUGCUGGUAACCCGGGAAGUGAAAACCGGCUUUUUCAAAACAGAAUGAGUUUAAGAUCUCGUUCAUUCCGCUACCUCACACAUCUGUACUGCGUAUCUCCAGUUUCCCCGUCACCACAGCCAGAUCCAAGAACGAACCCGCGCGAUGAAUCUUUCUUGUUUGCAGACGGUGGGAGACGGAGGUGACCGUCAAGAUAUUAGUGAUAGCUCCUGUUCAGACGCAGGGAAGUCCAUGCAAGCACAAGAUCCAAAUCCGCCUCCCCAUCCUAUCAGCGCGUCUACUACGCCAGUACCGUCCUCUCCGCAAGCAGCCGGGACGGCAGCUAAAACCGCAUGUGCAUCAGCUUCAGAGGGCGAACUAUCAGAAGAUGCUAAAACGUUGCGACAAGCCGUCCACGCGUUGCUCACGUUUUCGCACAGGGAAUUCCUUCUUCGGUCUCAGUUGACGGACGUCGUGAAACACAACACGAAACCUCCUCCAGAAGAAAUUGAACGGCAGCUCGGCUUACCAGCUACAACUAUUUCAUCACAGCUGACGAAGACCUUCUUAACUGCAGGGUUCCAGCAUUACCAGCGUUCUGGAAUGACCACAGGGAACGCACCUCAGAACUUCGAGCCAAUCAAUUGUCCUCCUUCGUUGUCUCGCACGGAUGGCAGUUGUUGCUACCGCCUGCACAAGGAAGUGCCCCCUCGGCGAUUCUCAUUGAUGCCCAAGUUUUUCCGCUUCCGAGACAGAAUGCGAAACAAUGCAUCGUACAACAUUAAAUUUCCGCCUCCAGUCCUGGCUAACACAAACUUUUCCAAUCCAGUGGUGCCGUCACUUCCCCUCCCAAUAGCUUUCCCAGGUUUCACAGCAGGAGGUCCACACGGGUAUACUCAUGAGAGUCCUGACUUCCAGCAGGCGCCGAGAACCUUUCACGCAGGAGCGGCUUCUGGAAUGCCAACAGCAGGACAAGGGGAUCCGGUAACUGCCUCAUACGCUGUGGAGGAACAUCCGUCGCACCCGUAUGGCUCUGCUGUAACCCCCUCACCACCUGUGCGCCCUGUCGUAGAGAUUCGGCCAUAUCAGACCGAUAAAGGACCGGCGACCAGUCCACAAGGGCCGGAGGUUCAACAAACGGAGGGCAUAGGGAACUCUGACCAGACGAAUGGGUCUCGGAUCGAGGCCGUCACCGAAAGGCGAAGCUCUCAUCUCGUUCACCGUCGUGCAUCAUCCGCUGGACCUGCCACUGUUGUGCCGCUUGGUUCUGCAUUCGACAGUGGCUUGGCCCACGAGAGCAUUCAAGAACCCCACAGGUCAAAGUCUCUCGCUGAGUCCAACUAUGUUCAGCCCGGCGCAGUCGGCGAUUCCUUCGGCGGCGAGCCCUGUGUGCAAGACUACUACGUUCCUGAGCCUCGACAUGCGCUGUCACCCUACGAUGCGAGAGGGUCUCUGGCUGGGAAAAGCUCAUGGCCUGCGCCAAGCAGCUGGGUGUCGUCGAAUGCAUUUCUCCCGUCCGGUGCAGAUAUCAAGAGGACCGAGCCUCAUGCAAUUCUCACGGAGUCAGGGAUGCCUCCAGUCGCUGGAAAUCGUCUAAUGACUAUCGGACCUUGGGAAUCCAAGGUUGAUUCCUCAGAACCAUCUGUUGCCGGGCAUAACGCAUUCAGCCACGAACCCCCUCCCGUUGCCGUGAACGGAGACGGCAGCCGCUUCAGUGGAUCUCAGCAGGUCCGGGGAACAGACCGAGGACCAUGGCAAUACAUGGUCCAGGAGGACUGACAACACACUCAUUUUGUUGAGAGACGUCCUCAACAAAAACUAUCCAUUUAUCGAAAACGGUAAUUCGUGGCUGUAUCUGUAUUACCCUGUCGAGGAGUUACCGCGUACAGACAGAAGCUGUGCCAGUUCACAUGUGCAUCGGCGGCCGCCAUUGAAUAGGCGGAGAACGCGUUUCGUGUUUGUAGUACCACUUUUCAUGUGCCCGUCUCGAUGGGGCAUCGAGAAAUAGAUCCGGAACUAGCUGCGGAUCGUAUAACUGAUCUUGCCUUCUCCCCUGGCAUAAUGUUCUUUCCUCCAGGUACAUCGUUUUUGCUGUAACGUGGCAGCGCAACUCCGGGAAGAUUGUGCAGUCCCUCGAAAGUCCUUGCUGUGUCGUCAACACGAGGACUGCCGGUAUUUUGUUUUCAC